UGGAGAGAAUGCAGCGAUGAUUUCAAUGGGAUGCCUCACAGGAUUUUGGAUAAUUGCACUGCUGACUCUUCAUGGAUCAGAUGUGGGAGAGUCCAAAGGAAACUCUCUCAAUGAGCCUGACAUCCCCUUCCCACCUGCUCGUCCUACCCCUCAGAACCUCGCUGCCAUCUGCCAUCAGGGUCAGGGUCGUCCCAGGUACCCGGCCAGCUUCUUCUCACGCUCCGGUGGCAGCCGUUACCGUCGCCUUGGAAACACCAUCAACCGUUUGGAGUCCUGGUACAGGUCAUGCUGCAGCGAACAGGAGAGCCAGAUCCUCUGCUGCACCACACAGGCGUGGAAAGAGACCCUGUCUCAGUUCUGUGUGGAGGAAUACUCGACGAAGACACUUGCAUAUGAGUGCUGUGAGGGCAGAGGAGACGCACGCUGGAUCUGCUUCAACAGCGAGCUCCCAAACCCAGACUACAACCCAACACUAGGGUACACUGCACCAGCAGUCCCCCCACAGCCAGAAUUCACUUUCAAUGCAAGUGCUUGCUAAAGGUUCAAAGAGGGUGCAGUUUGAUACAGACAUCAUAAGAGUAAAAGUAUAUGGUGGUACAACAAAGAUUUUUGGAGAAUAUUUUGGAAUGAGAUUAGUUUAAUAUACUCAGAUGUAGACACAAAGAAAGAACAAUAAAUGCUUUUUUUUUUUUUUUUAAUACUCUAGCUGACAACUGAAUGUCCUGCAGAUUACAGAUGUUAAGAGGAGGACAGGACAUGCUUGUUGUGUUACUAAAGCAUUAAGAGCACAACAGCUGAAGUUGAUUAUUUUGACCCGUUCUAGACUAUGGGAAAAAACCUUAUUAAGUUGCAUGUGUUACCUGUUAUAACCCAAAAACAUUUUGGCCUGAGUAGCUUUCAUGGUUUCUGAUGUAGAAUUCUUAGUUAGAAAAAUAAAGAUGGAAUAAAGACA